AUGGAUUUACCAACGAUUGGAAUGAUAGAACUAGAUCAUAUUAAUGAUGAAUGUGAUAGUGGUUCUCAUCAAGCUAAAAUUCUACUAGAUGAAGAAAUUUUACCUACAACUGAUGAAACUGAAAUGAAUUCUUCGAAAUAUAAACUUCUUAAUGAUUUCAUACCAUCAGUCGAAUGUUCUUCUGAACAAUUGCAUUGUAUACAUUGCAAUGCUAUUUUUACUACCAAAAAUGAUUUACGUCGACACGAAUUAAAUCACAAUGCAAAUCAAGUAUCAUGUCAUAUAUGUCAUAAAAUUUUUGCCAAUACCUAUCGUCUUCAACGUCAUAUGUUAAGUCAUGAAAUAGAUCCUCAAACACGAAAAUUUCAAUGUUCACAUUGUCCAAAAGCAUUUAAAUUUAAACAUCAUUUAAAAGAACAUAUUCGAAUACAUACUGGUGAAAAACCUUUUGUUUGUUCGAAUUGUAAUAAACGUUUUUCUCAUUCGGGUUCAUAUUCAUCACAUAUGGCAUCAAAAAAAUGUUAUUCAUCAAAUUCAUUUUAUUUACAUAAUCCUGAAAUAGAAGAAGGUGAAGUAUUACCUUUAAAAACUGAACAAAAUCAAUAUAAUGAUCUAUCAAAAUAUUAUUCUAUGAAUGAACAAUAUAUUCAAUAUUAUUUUCAUAUUUUACAAAAUACAAUUUAUCAAACAGAACCAUUAGAUUUAUCAAUAAAAAAAUCCGGUGAAUCUCAUUUAGAUGAAAAUGAUUUAAUAGAAUCAUUAAGUCCAAAUAGUUCAUCUGAAAUAAGUCUUUUAUCACAUGAUGAUUUAUUAACUAAUAAAAGAUUAUCAUGUGAUAUAUGUGAUAAAUCAUUUAAUAAACAAAGUUCAUUAGCACGUCAUAAAUAUGAACAUUCAGGUGUUCGACCAUUUAUUUGUGAUAUUUGUAAAAAAGCAUUUAAACAUAAACAUCAUCUUGCUGAACAUCGUCGAUUACAUACUGGUGAAAAACCAUUUCAAUGUACGAAAUGUUUCAAGCGUUUUAGUCAUUCAGGCUCAUUUAGUCAACAUAUGAAUCAUCGAUAUAAAUAUUGUCGUCCUUAUCAAACAGAAAUCGAUAAUACAAAUUUAAAUGAAACUUCCAAUCAACCAACUAUAAUAAAUUAA